AUUAACACAGUCUGGGCAAGGGAUUUGGGCAUUCCCAGUUCUGUAACGAUUUAUCUAAGCGUAAUUCUCAUAACGAUACUGUGUGAAUACGGUGACAGAAUGUUCAGAAACCCAUCAUGAGCUCCCAUUUAAUGCUGACAUAAUCGAAGCUCCGCAGUUCAUAUCUAAAGCAGGUAGGGCUCCGUCUGCUUGUGUAUUGACACCGUCAUUAUCUUUAGCUCUGCGRGCACCGCAGACAGCGAGAGAGAGAGCGCCAGGGAAGGGAGAGAGCGGUUGUGACUCAAGCUCUGCGAAUUCAGUUAGUCUACUACAACCAUGAAUGCAUUGUGAGUGGCUUGUGGGCAACAGAAGCAGACCUUUAUUUGGAAUUUGUUUAUUUUUUCGUCGCCAAUGCAAAAGGAAAUAUGCAGCGAAGACUUACCUUGGUCUUUGUUAGUUUUUGUGUUGGGUUUUGCUCUGGUUCAAGUUUCCCAAGUAAUAUAAAUAUAGGGGGAUUGUUCCCAAACGGCUCCCACGAAUAUGAGGUUUUUCGGUUUGCACUCUCUCAUCACCAGGAUAUCCCCAAACUGGUACCACAAGUGGACAUGGUCGACACAGCAAGCAGCUUUGCUAUGACAUAUGCAUUUUGUUCACAGUUUUCCAAAGGAGUCUAUGCCAUCAUUGGAUUGUAUGACAGGAAGACCAUGAACAUGCUCAUGUCGUUCUGCGGGGCUCUCCACGUCUGCUUUGUGACACCCAGUUUCCCCAUAGAAACCAACAACCAGUUUGUGAUCCAGCUGAGACCAGAGCUUCAGGAACCCCUCAUCGCCCUGAUUCAUCACUACAAAUGGACCAAGUUUGUCUACAUGUAUAGCUCUCAUUCAGGCCUGACAGUGCUGCAGAAGAUUCUGGAUACGGCAGCAGAGAAGACGUGGCAGGUGACAUCGGUGAACCUGGACAGUGGUAUGGAUCAGGUGGCCUUCCUGAAGGUGGUUCAGGACCUAGAGAAGAAGAAGGAGUACAACAUCAUCCUGGACUGUGAGCUGGAGAGACUCAACUUGAUCCUCAACCUGAUCGCUGCUCAGAAGAAGAACCUAAAAAAUUACCACUACAUAUUGGCAAACCUGGGAUUUUUGGACAUGAACUUCACUGAGUUCCAGAAGAGUGGUGCCAACAUCACCGGGUUCCAACUAAUGAACUACUCAGACGAAAAUGUCAGCAAGGCCAUAAAGGAGUGGGUGGACUUUGACAGCAAAGACCUUAAGCUACCCAAGAGAAGACUGAAGUACACAGGAGCCCUCACAUACGACGGAGUGAGCGUCAUGGCAACAGCCUUUCAGAACCUCCGGAAGCAACGUAUUGACAUCUCCCGGCGAGGCAACGCUGGCGAGUGUCUGGCCAACCCACCAGCUCCCUGGGGCCAGGGUAUCGACAUCCAGAGAGCCUUACAGCAGGUUCGAAUUGAGGGCUUGACUGGCCAUGUCCAGUUCAACGAGAAAGGCCAUCGGACCAACUACACGGUCAGCGUCAUGGAGCUGAGCCCGAGUGGACCACUGAAGGUGGGCUACUGGAAUGAGAAUGAGAACUAUGUGAACACAGCUGUAUACACACCGGUGGUUGAAGAAUUCUUCGGACUGCAAAACAGGACCUACAUAGUGACCAGUAUCCUUGAAUCUCCAUAUGUGAUGCUGAAGAAGAAUCAUGAGCAGCUGGUGGGGAACGAUAAGUAUGAGGGCUAUUGUGUGGAGCUGGCCGCGGAGAUCGCCAAGCAUGUGGGCUAUACUUAUAAACUGGAGAUCGUAGGGGAUGGCAAGUACGGAGCCAGAGACGCUGAGUCCAAGCUGUGGAACGGGAUGGUGGGCGAGCUCGUUUAUGGGAAAGCAGAUGUAGCAGUAGCGCCGUUGACCAUCACCCUGGUGAGAGAGGAGGUGAUCGAUUUCUCCAAGCCCUUCAUGUCCCUGGGCAUCUCCAUCAUGAUCAAGAAGCCCACCAAGUCAAAACCUGGAGUCUUCUCCUUCCUCGACCCACUGGCCUACGAGAUCUGGAUGUGCAUCGUGUUUGCCUACAUCGGUGUGAGCGUGGUUCUCUUCCUGGUCAGCCGCUUCAGCCCGUACGAGUGGCAGGGGGACGACUCAGAGGGAGAGGAGGGCCAAGAGCAYCAGCAGAGACAGCAGUCGUCCAGUCCCAGGAGAGAGCCAGGACAGUCCCAGUCCCAACCAGGCCAAAACCAGGGCCAAGGACAGGGCCAGUCCCAGUCCCAACCAGGCCAAAACCAGGGCCAAGGACAGAGCCAGAGUGAGGGGCACACCAAUGAGUUUGGGAUAUUCAACAGCUUGUGGUUCUCGCUGGGUGCCUUCAUGCAGCAGGGCUGUGAUAUCUCGCCAAGGUCCCUCUCUGGUCGCAUUGUAGGGGGAGUGUGGUGGUUCUUCACCCUCAUCAUCAUCUCCUCCUACACGGCCAACCUGGCUGCCUUCCUCACCGUGGAGAGGAUGGUGUCGCCCAUAGAGAGUGCUGAGGACCUGGCCAAGCAGACAGAGAUCGCCUAUGGUACUCUAGACGGAGGCUCCACCAAAGAGUUCUUCAGGAGAUCGAAAAUAGCCGUAUUUGAGAAGAUGUGGUCGUACAUGAAGUCUGCUGACCCGUCAGUGUUCGUGAAGACCACAGACGAGGGCGUGGUGCGGGUCAGGAAGUCCAAAGGGAGGUACGCCUACCUGCUGGAGUCCACCAUGAACGAGUACAUCGAGCAGAGAAAACCCUGUGACACCAUGAAGGUCGGGGGGAACCUGGACUCCAAGGGCUACGGAGUGGCCACGCCCAAGGGAUCAGCACUAAGAAACCCAGUAAACUUGGCAGUGUUAAAACUGAACGAGCAGGGCCUGUUGGACAAAUUGAAAAACAAAUGGUGGUACGACAAGGGCGAAUGCGGCAGCGGGGGAGGUGAUUCCAAGGACAAGACCAGUGCCCUGAGCCUCAGCAAUGUGGCUGGGGUGUUCUACAUCCUGAUUGGAGGGCUGGGGCUGGCCAUGCUCGUGGCCUUGGUCGAGUUCUGUUACAAGUCCAGGAUCGAGUCGAGGAGGAUGAAGCAAAUCAUCGAUGCAGCCAUGCUGAGUUCCACCCUGAGCCGGAUGACCAGGACAGGGAGCGGCGGCGAGAAUGGACGAGUGGUCGCCCACGACUUCCCCAAAGCGUCACAGACUCUCCCCUGCAUGAGCCAGGCCGCGGGCAUGUGAUGGUGCAGUCCUUCCUCUGCACAGACCCCACCAGAAAAGAGGAAAGGAAAAGAMAGGGGGGGGAAAGUGUUGCGCUGCGGCUUGACUACUGCCAAUCGGAUUCACUGACUGCUCACUCUGAAGAUAGAAACAACAAACAAAAUCACUUUUGUAAAGAGACGGUUUAUUUGGAUCUUUUCUGCUGCAAUAAAGAUGGCUGUCUUGGACUUUAAUAGAUGGCAUACUUUUGUGUAUCAAAAAAAAAAAA